AUGGCUUACUGGUUUGUACCUCGAAUAGCAAGUGAUAAGAACUUCUUUAAAGUGUAUCUAGUGCCUGGUUCACGAGCGGUGGUAUGUAGGAGUCAUAGUACUACUGAAACGCAAGCCUACUUUGCUCUCAAUGACGAUUCAGAGGAAUUGGAAAAAAUGCCGAAGGCUUCGAUGGAGAAGCAAAAAGAGUUUUGGUCCCAGAGGUUUCAGGGAGCAGGAUGGCAGAAAGACCGCUUUAUCGAAGGCAUGAAAUCUACAGAUAACUUCUACUGUCAAGAAGUUAUUCAGAUACACACAGGUACAUGGUAUAAGGGCCGCGUGGUUCUUCUUGGAGAUGCAGCAAAAUGUCCGUCUUCAGCUAGUGGCAUGGGUACUUCUAGUGCUUUAAUCAGUGCUUAUGUCUUAGCUGGGGAGAUUGUUGGGAACAGUAAAAACCUUACUCAAGCGUUUGCAAACUAUGACAAGACCAUAAGACCAUUUAUCAAUCGUAUCCAGAAACUUAAUGGUGCCUCAAUGAGAUUGCCUAAAACUAAGCUCGGUGUCUCUCUGAUUCUUUUUCUUGCGAGAUUGCUUUGUUUCUUCCGAAUCCCAUAUCUUAUCACCAAGUUUUCAAAAGAAGAAAAGGGAGGCUGGCAGUUACCAAGCUAUGGAAGUAUCAAAUUGAAUGAGUAG